AUGGCCCAGGCCGGCGUAGUAGCGUCCGGGCCACCGCAACCGCUUCAUUCACAACCAACAGCACUAUCUGGCACUCAGGGGUUCUUCCGCAAGCUCUUCGGAAGACAGGGCGGCAAUGGCGCUUUGCAAAAACCUUCCGAACAGCCGAAAGGCACGCAGAAUGAAGAGGAGUCGACUGACCUGGAGAAAGGCGGAUUAAUUCGCCGAAUGUCUCGUAGGGUUGUGCCUGGACUGCCUCGGGCGCAGACUUUUAAGCGUCAGAUAUCAGAAAGGAGAACCAACUUGUCACCGGUCGAAUCAACACCUGACGAAAGGCGAGCCGUUUCUAUGGAUCGACGCUCAUAUAGACAGCGGACACCAUCAGCCUCACAGCAAGCGACCAACCCCCGUGUCAGCGCCCCAAGCUUCCUUGGCUCUCCCCAGGACGAUGUACCGCGAUUCGUUCCUUCAAUAUCCGUCGAUUCUGUUGCAGACACGCCACCUCAAGAUCCUACUGAACCGAUUUUGCAUCGAGAUGAUGAGGAUACCCUUGCCGACGAGUGCCCAGCUCAAGACAACCUCUCUACUGCAGAUACACAUUCGAUAACGGGAUCCCAGUACGAGGCCAUAAUCCAUGAGGAGCUAGAAAAGACUUGGAUAUUGAACCUAAGCAUGCAUUUCCGUGACCGGUCAAGGAGGGAAAAGUUCUUCGUUACAUAUCGUGAACGUGAUCAUCUUUGGCGGCGUGUUACAAUAUCGCUUGAUUAUCGCGAUGCGCCCCCAAAUUCCCUGGAAAUGGAUUUGAUUCACACGCAUUAUCAGCGAGAAAAGAGCGCAAAGAUUUACGAAGCCAUCCGGGAAAGCUUGCGAGAUAUUCAGUUUUAUGACACCGUAACUAACCUGAAGCUCCAAACUACUGACGGGAGGCUACAUGUGCACGUGGUUGAGGACGGCAACGAAAUCAUCCAAUACCCGACUGUUGCCCAAGUUAAGCAUCUAGGAUGUCGUCGUGUGCGAGAAAAGGACAUUGCCUUUGAAUCACACAUGUCUGGAUUUGUCUAUAAAGUCAAUGUCAACGGUCACACGCUCAUAAAAAAGGAAAUUCCGAGCCCUGACACUAUAGACGAAUUUUUGUAUGAAGUCAACGCCCUCAACUCUCUACGAUUUUCCCACAACGUCAUCCACUUCUACGGUGUUGUAGUAGAUGACCAGGAUGAGCACGUCAAGGGACUCCUUAUCAAUUACGCAGACCAGGGGGCUCUCAUAGACAUCAUCUAUGAGCAUUGCAAAGAUGGCGACUGCGAGCUCCCAUGGGCGACGAGGGAAAAAUGGGCGCGGCAAAUUGUAGAAGGGUUAUCCGAUAUUCACGAAUCAGGUUUCGUUCAAGGGGACUUUACCUUGUCGAACAUUGUUAUAGAUGGAUAUGGCGACGCAAAGAUCAUUGACAUCAAUAGAAGGGGUUGCCCAGUAGGCUGGGAGCCCCCGGAAGCAACGCCACUCAUUGAGAGUAACCAACGUAUCACUAUGUAUAUCGGCGUAAAGUCAGAUCUAUAUCAGCUCGGUAUGGUUUUGUGGGCUCUGGCAAGUCAGGAGGACGAGCCAGAAGCACAAGGGCGACCCUUGAUCCUUGGCCCCGAGGUGAACAUUCCGGAUUGGUAUCGACAAAUGGCGGAAGUUUGUUUGAGUAACGACCCACGCAUGCGGCUUCAGGCGUCCGCAUUGUUGGAAAUGUUUCCUCGGCCAAAGGAGCAUGAAACUUGUGGACAACUGAACCCACCCGAAUCAAUGGUCGAUGAAGGGUAUACUUUACAACAGUACCUGAUUGACGGGUAUCACCCAGAUAAUCUUCCUCAAAUCACCACGGUCGAACCACCCAGCGACUGGCCCUAUGUCAACCGAGCUUAUGCAGACACAAGCCCCGUCAGGUGUGAACCGUACCAGUACACCCGUGGACGCUCCCCUCCAAGCCCCUUACCGAGCAACUGUGAAGGCUACAACUCCCCACGAGGCUUAUACGACGUUGCUGCUUGGGCAGCAAACAGAAACAUACCAUCAUCAUACAGUGAUGUUGGGCCUGAUGGGACGCCGCUUGAUGAGACACCUGUCGCUAAUAAGCGAGGACUUGUUGAUUCUGAUGCGCUGACAGCGCCCGAUUCGACUUUGGAGAAGAGAGGAACACCAGCGACCUCUACUUCGGCCCCAAGUCCGACCCGUGGUGCGGAUAUGGAGGAUGAGAUAUAUGUUAGAGCUAACACGAAUGUUGCUAAGGAUCGAGUAGAUCAAAGAGCGGAAAUAGGCGACGCUGAAGGUGAUACCGCACUCCCGUAUCGAGUGUCAAUCACCGAAUCGAUGAAAACUGGAAACACGAGCCCUGGGGACAGCAAUACUGUAGUCAGAGACAGCCCACAAGGAAAAGGACAGGAACCUACAAUGUUGGGAGGCGCAAUCGAUCACUCGAACGCUGUUCCACUGGAGGAACGAGGAGGACUUGCUGCAAAAAAAGAAACUAAGGUGGCGCGAGCCUCGCAUCAGAAAAACCGAAAGACCUUGGAUGAUUUAUCCGAGAAUUACGACAGCCAGAAGGAAAGCCGAGCACCCCAAGAAGGGUACAAACCAGGGGACCAUCAGACGACGCUCGUAGACGGGAGAGAUGUCUCAAAUGAACCUACCAAAAAAGCAGAGCAAAAACCGACACAAGACGCAGCAGAAAAGCAAGGGUCCACAGCACCUGAUGCCCACCAAACAACGACCAAUUGUACCAAGAAGGAAGAUUUGAUUACGAAUGUUGGUGAAGCAGGCAAGAGACCAGAAGAGGAAGCGAUUGGCGGUGGUGUCAAACGCACCGAACUGUCAGCAGAUACUGAGGUACCGCAACCAUUUACUCACGACGACAACGAACUGGCCCAAGAAAUGAGCACGACUGACGACAAGUCCAGGAGAGUGAAAUCUCCGUUGGGACUAUAA